AUGGAUGCACAAUUUGUUCUCUACUAUAAUCCGAAAAUCAAUGAUUUAAGCGCAAUCAAAGCUGUUCAUUUGAAAAAUAAUAUGGAUGUUGUCUUGGCUCCUGGAAGUAUUGCUAUAUUAGAUAGAGGACGACUUGUUGCUCAAUGCGUUUUUACAACAAUGUUACCAAACGAUGAUCAAUUAAUUCAUUAUGGCUUUGAUUCCACUAUAUCUAUUUGUACUAUUCCAUUACCACUUCAAGUUCAUAAUGAUAGUAUUGAUAUUAUUUAUCCAGAAAUUGGUAAACUUAAUACAAAUACUGUUCCAAUUGGCAUUGGUCUUCAACAACUUUAUAUUAAACGUACCCGUUAUUUAAUUAAAAAUACCGUUUUAGAUCGGUCUAUAUCAAAAUUUUAUAUUGAUCAUAUAGCUGAUUCUUCUUUAGGUGGUUAUGUUGUUACUACACAGAAUAGAUGUAUCAAAUCAGUAAAAGAUUGUAGUCGUUUUGAACUAAAAUUUGAACCACAACAAGAUAUUGAAUUUAUUGUUGAUGAACAAGCAAGACAUAGUAAAAAAAUAUUUGUAUUAACUGCACUUGAAUUAUUCGUAGAAAAACAAGUACCUAAUCUCGUUCAAGCAAAAAUAAUAGAAAAUAGAACGAUUGAAUUCUGUCAAACAGAUAUUAAAUCGAUAUUGGAAAAUCAAGAACGUAUUCGACAAAAUAUUGAAGCAUUAGAAAAAGUUGAUCAGUCAGAUAUCAUGAUACGAUAUUUAAAAGAUUUGAAUCCUGAAGACGAUAAUUUACAAGAAGUACGACGUCAAAAAAAAAGCAAUGCAAGAUCAGCAUAAUGCACAGCAACAUGAAUUAGAAAAUGAACAAGCAAUAUUCAAAUAUGAAGCUAAAGAGACACAAAAAAAUCUUUAUAUCUAAUCAUUUUAUCAUUCUAUAGUGAUUUUUAUAAUACACCAGACAUUAUACGUAACAAAUGAAUAGAAAAUAUAUCGACCGCCUAAAUAUUAGAAAUUCAAGAUAUUCAUAACAUUCAAGAAAAUCAAGUCAAAAUUAGUUCUAGGAGCCCCUCAAUCGUGAUUGUGUAUGUUAACAUGUAUCGCAACAUCCUAACGAAUGCUACGAUUCAUGACCAAUCUUAGUAAUUUCCUCAAUAGAAUUGUGUAUCUCAAUACUUCGAGCCAUUCUCGUUGUAUAAUGCAUUGAAUUCUUCAAACUUCGCCUAAAUUGCUAUUGAAUUUUCAAUAUUCGGAUGAUGAGUACUGUUAACUCAGUUAGCUGUGAACGAUGUGGACAGAUUCAGAUUGGUAAUAUAAAGAUUUUUACGCUGAUUAUUUUGAUAAAAAAAUUUCAAAUUGUUGCAGAAUUAAGAAUGUUACAGUCAAAAUACUAAAAAUUGGAAAAUUCGAAUCACAAACUGACACUGUUUUUAGUAUUAUGGCUCACGC